GUCAAUCUCUUGAGUUUCAUCACAUCUACAAAAUGCAACGAAUUAUGCAAGCCUCGGUUAUUAAUCGAAUUCUAAACUCGCCACUGUUAGAAACUUUCAUUAUCAAUCAUCGUCGCUCCGUCAGUUCACAGACACAUUCUCCGCUAGCAACGUCUGGUCACGGGAAGGAUCCCGCAAAGGAGAAAGAAAUGCCUAUCACUAAGCCGGCGAAAAAGAAAACCAUGGCAGAACUAGAUGCGGAACUUCAGCGAAAGAUGUCUGGUCUUUCUGGGGAUGGUGGAGAGGCCGGAGUGGAGUGCGAGAAUGGACAACCUGUAGCGAUGAAGCGAAGCGUAAAGCAAAACAUGUUCCGCUAUAUCUGAUAUUAGUAGCUUGAAUACUAGCCUACAAAGUAACCAGUAUUUCCUUUCAGGUUUACAGAGCAGCAUGGGGUCGUCGUACAUUGAAUUAC